UGAGCCACUUCUUCUUCUCCUUUUAUUUUGUCUAUAUAAACCUUUCAGUUUCAUCCGUCUGCCCCAGCCUAUGUCUAUCUAAAACCCUCUCUCUCUCUCUUCUUAAUAAUUACUCAGGAUAUCAAUUACUGGUUAUUUUGUUGUAACUUUCAAGCUCAAACAACAUCCCAGAUUGUACACAAACACUUUUUGGAACAAGAUCAAGAUUUUUAAUUAUUUUUCCAGCUCCUGUUGUUUUAAGGCAAGCAAGCAAGGAUACAUACAUAUACAUAUACAUAUACAUAUACAUAUACCCUUAAGAUGGCAUGUUUGGUCUCUCGCUCAGGAAGGGAGUUACAGAGAUAUGAUAACCAAGGCCGCCGCCAAGUUGUAGGGUGCAUUCCAUAUCGUUACAAGAAUAGUAGUGAUGGCUCAUUUAGUGAUGAACUGGAGGUUCUUGUCAUCACUUCUCAGAAGGGGGGUCAAGGAAUGAUGUUCCCCAAGGGUGGUUGGGAGCUUGAUGAAUCCGUGGAAGAAGCUGCUUCCAGAGAAUCUCUUGAAGAGGCUGGGGUACUUGGCCAUGUUGAGGAUGAACUAGGCAAAUGGAACUUCUUAAGCAAAAGACAUGGCACAUUUUAUGAAGGGUAUAUGUUCCCUUUACUUGUCACGGAGCAACUAGAUUUCUGGCCAGAGAAAGAUGUCCGGCAAAGAAUUUGGAUGCCUGUGGCUGAAGCAAGAGACGCUUGUAGACAUUGGUGGAUGAAGGAAGCCCUGGACAUACUAGUUGGGCGGUUAACGUCUUUGCAACGACGGACGGAAGAAAAUGUACUAUCAUGCUCUCUAAGCUAGACGAAGAACAAACUAACUUGUACAUAAUUACAAGUUGCUCCUGAUGGUUUUGAUUUUGAGUCUCUGUAACCAAAAGGCUACGUAGUUAAUUAGGGCCAAGUAUAUGGAUUCAAGGCAGAUCAAAAGGCGUCCGCAAUUCACGGGACUCCUCAGCUUUGCGAUGGUCCAAGACAGAUCAUUUGUGGAAAAUACAGUGAUUGUUUCUUUCUUGCUGAUUUAUGGGAUUUUCUUUUGCAUUUUGUUGAACCUUGUUCCCAAUCAAAUCGGGACAAGGAAAGCCAAGAAUGUAAAUAUAAUGUUCAUAUCUUAAUCAGUAAGAACUAAUCCUUCAAAUUUCCUGAAA